CUCUUUCCUUUCUUCUUUAACUCCCCUCUUCUUCCCAAAGACCAGACACCCUCGCCAAAGAAUAAUAAAAAAAAUCCUAAAUGGAGAUCUCCCCGAGGCGGAGCUCGAAUCCGAGUUUCCUUCCAUCUCCGAAAAGCCUCAGCCCCAACAGUAGCACCAGCAGCACAAGCAGCGGCAACAACAAUACCGGCGCACCUCCGCCGCCUCAUCAGCCCAAACCCAUCACCAGAUCUGAAUCAGCGAACCCCUGCCCGACAACCUUCGUCCAAGCCGACACUUCGUCUUUCAAGCAAGUCGUUCAGAUGCUCACCGGAUCUUCCGAGACCGCCAAGCUAGCUUCUUCCAUCAAACCAACUCCUUCCCCUCUAUCCGAUCCAAACCCGAACCCGAAAACCCAUAUCCCUCCCAUCAAAUCCAUUCCCAAAAGCAAGCAGAAUUCUGGGUUUAGGCUUUACGAACGAAGGAGCUCACUCAAGAAUCUCAAAAUAAACCCCUUGAACCCGGCUUUUAACUCCAACACUUCCGGGUUUUCACCUCGGAAACCCGAAGUACUCUCCCCUAGCAUUCUUGACUUCCCUUCUUUGGUUCUUAGCCCGGUCACUCCUUUGAUAUCCGACCCGUUUGAUCGAUCUGGAGCUGGAAAUUACCCGAAUUGUGCCAAUAAUAAUGCGAAACUAAAUAAGGAGGCUGAAGAGAAAGCAAUUAAAGAGAAGAGUUUUUAUUUGUAUCCAUCACCGGCAUCUACGCCGCGAGAUUCGGAACCUAGGCUUCUCCCACUUUUUCCAGUUACUUCACCUCGAGUUUCAGGUUCUUCCACUUCUUCUUGAACUAAAAUAAAUUAAAACUUUUUCUAGUUUUCGCUUUUUAACGUUAUUAUUGUAAGAUUUUUACAUAUUGUUGGGGCACUGAAGAUGGGGAUUGGAAAGGAAGAGGAAAAUCCAAGAUAAGCUCUGUAAUGUUGGUUGUCGGACACUUUCAAAGGAAUGAAGAUAAAAAUCUUUGCUUCAAUCGUAAAACUCUAUGCUUUGUUUGACUUUUUAUUUUUAUUUUCUUAUGUUUGGUUGCUUG